AUGGUCAGCUCCUGUUGUGGCUCAGUCUGCUCUGAGGAGGGCUGUGGCCAAGGCUGCUGCCAGCCUAGCUGCUGCCAGACCACCUGCUGUAGGACCACUUGCUGCCGCCCCAGCUGCUGUGUGUCCAGCUGCUGCAGGCCCAGCUGCUGUGUGUCCAGCUGCUGCCGCCCCAGCUGCUGUGUGCCCAGCUGCUGUGUGUCCAGCUGCUGCAGACCCCAGUGCUGCCAGUCUGUGUGCUGCCAGCCCACCUGCUGCCGCCCUAGCUGCUGUCGCCCCAGCUGCUGCAUUUCUAGCUGCUGCCGCCCCUGCUGUGGUAGUUCUAGCUGUUGUGGAACCAGCUGCUGCCGUCCCACCUGUUGCAUUUCUAGCUGCUGCAGGCCUUCCUGCUGCCGCCCCAGCUGCUGUGUGUCCAGUUGCUGCAGGCCUCAGUGCUGCAUCUCCAGCUGCUGCCGCCCCACCUGCUGCCAGCCCACCUGCUGCCGCCCUAGCUGCUGCCGCCCCACCUGUUGCAUUUCUAGCUGUUGCAGGCCUUCCUGCUGCCGCCCUAGCUGCUGUGUGUCCAGCUGCUGUCGCCCCAGCUGCUGCAUUUCUAGCUGCUGCAGGCCUCAGUGCUGCAUCUCCAGCUGCUGCCGCCCCACCUGCUGCCAGACCACCUGCUGCCGCCCAGCAUGCUCUAGUGGUUCUUGCUGCUGA